AAAGAAAAAGAAAUUCACACGUAAAUUAAAUGUUCGAGCUCUCAUUCACAUCAUGUUUGAAUAUGGAAGAAUGAAGUUAAAUAGAAUAAGCAACAAAUAAAGAAAUUUAAAGAAUAGUGUAAUUUAGCUAGCAUUGCAUAGACGAUCCUUUAGAACAAGCAACAAUCAAAUCAACGGUCCAAAGGCAACAUCGGAUGGAAGCAGUGGCACGAUCGUAGGUCCGCCACGUCGCAAGUCCCAUUACAAAGACAUUUCUUCUAGCACCUUCUUGGCUAUGCUUCUUUUGUUUUCCAUAUUUGCCCCCCUGCCUUAUCCCCAUAUCAUGAGAGUGGGCCCCAGAAAUAUUGCCCUUUUCAUUUUACCUUUUCCUUUUUUUUCUCUCUCGAAGCCACCAGGCCAAGGCUCCUUUUCUCUAUCCUCUAUCACACUAACACCUUCGAAACUUCUGGAAACCACAAAUAACCUAACUCCCUCCCUCCUCUUUCUCAACGGCCUAACUGGUGAUUAUCUGCUUCAACAGACUCCGACCCUAAUUCAUAUAAACCAAGCGGCGAAACAUCAAAUUCAAACAGUUAGAGCAAUUAACUUCGUCGUUUUUACGAAACUCGGAGGAGCAUAAAUGGCGAGCAGGUAGCUAGAGGUUAAGUUUGCAGAUCUGAAACCAAAGAGCAUAUGACGCCAUUGCCGGUGGAGCAGACGGGCGAAUCAGGGGCGACGGAGUCACAGAGAUCCAUUCCGACGCCGUUUCUGACGAAGACGUACCAGCUGGUGGACGAUCCGUCUGCUGAUGACCUAAUUUCAUGGAACGAAGAUGGCACCACCUUUAUUGUUUGGCGACCAGCUGAAUUCGCUCGAGAUUUGCUUCCCAAGUAUUUCAAGCACAACAACUUCUCCAGCUUCGUUCGCCAGCUCAACACCUACGUAAUCAUUAUUUCUUUCCUUCUUCAUGGAUUUUCUUCACAGCCAAACAGCUUUUCUUAUCUUAUAUUACCUUUACUUGUGCAGGGAUUUCGCAAGGUCGUACCUGACCGCUGGGAAUUCGCUAAUGAAUGUUUCCGGCGAGGGGAGAAAGGUUUGCUUCGCGACAUACAGAGGCGUAAAAUAUCGCCGGCAGCUGGUGACAAUAACGUGGUGACGGUUGCCAUGGCAGCACCGGGGAGAGUGGUGUCGCCUACGCCGACGAAUUCCGGCGACGAACAGGUACUAUCCUCGAACUCAUCUCCGAUUGCUCCUCCUGCUGCUGCGCAACACAACAAUAAUAGUAAAAAUACAGUGCACCGCACUACCAGUUGCACCAGUGGACCCGAGCUAUUAGAAGAGAACGAGAGGCUUAGGAAAGAGAAUGGUCAAAUGAAAAACGAGUUGAGUCAAUUGAGAGGUUUGUGUAAUAAAAUACUGGCGUUGAUGUCAAACUAUGCUUCUCGUUCUUCAGCGCAAUUACUAGACUCCUCUGCAAGUGGCGUCGCCGCCGCGGUAGUUGAAGGGAAAGUGGCGUUGGAGCUUUUGCCUGAGAAGGGGGUUCCAUGUGCUGUUGACACCGCCGAAGCGGAGGUUCCCAAGUUGUUUGGGGUUUCCAUUGGGAUGAAACGUUCUAGAACCGAAAGCGAGGCUGAAAUUGAAAGAGAAGAUCACAAUCAAACGCAAACACAAAGGCAAACACAGUCAUCACAGGAACCUGAACGCGGGUCAGAUGUGAAAUCUGAGCCGUUGGAUGGGGACGGAUCGGAUGAUCAGGACCCUCGAUGGGUCGAGCUUGGGUAAUAUUGUGUAGAUUUCACGAAUUGGGAAAGGCGGUGUUUGGCUGUUGGUUAGUUGUUAGUAUGCGGCCAAAACCACGUUUGGUAUACAGCAAACCAAAUUUGCCAAAUGUCGGCCACACCACACCGUUGGUGCUGCCAAGUGUGCCAACGAAAUAGGGCAAUUCCAUGUUGGAUGCUGCUGCUGUGAUGUUGCGUUAGCGUGAUUUUUGGUGUGGCUUUAGAUGGAUAAAAACUACAUUUUAGAGAUUACUUAAGUUUGUACAUAUGUAAACUUUAGGUAAUUUAAUUUAAUUGGUGGAAAUUUUUGGUUUUUUUU